AUGUUAAGCCUAUCUAUCUAUCUAUCUAUCUAUCUAUCUAUCUAUCUAUCUAUCUAUCUAUCUAUCUAUCUAUCUAUAUUAUUACCACUGAAUGUGUCAUCCAUCAUGGAUCCUUAUGUUGGCCAAAAGAACCUCUGUACAGAAAUCUGUGGCAAAGAUUGCCCACAAAGACACUCUAUCCAAAUGCAAAAAUUCCCACAUUUGCUUGAAAAAUCCCCAUUUCCAUCAGAUAUCUACAGUAAGGAGUUCCUGCAGAGGCAUUCAGCACAGUUUCAGCCUGCAUUCUAUGCUGAUAUAUAUCUCAAAGACUUCAUGCCACACCCAAAUCUGCAUAUUGCUUCCCACUUGGUUGAGAAGACAUUCCACCCUGAGCUGUAUGCAAAAGACUUACACUCAAUGCUUACUCAGCGGAUGACACCUUCUCUUGAGAAGGCAAUGCUGAACAGUGAUAUUUACAGCAAAGAGUAUCUGCAACGACACUCAAACUCCAUGUCUAGCCAUAGGAUUAAUUCACACCUGAGUGACAAAGCAGCAUUCAGUGACCGAUGUCAGAAGGAGUAUGCACAUCGAACCACAGUUUCACAAUCGUCAAAAACUCACACUUUGUCAGGUGAAAAAUUCUACAAAGGCGACAAUUGUGACAGAAACCGUACUCCUCGUCCCACUUGGAAAAUGGCACAGUGGAACAACAAGUUGUACCAGCAAGAGUUAUACAAUAAGGAGUAUAUGCAAAGGCUGGGUAUGCCGGUGUCGAAAUCCUCAAGUGUGAGUGAGAAAGCAGUCAUUAACAAUAUUUACACAAAAGACUUUUCGCUGAAACCUGGAUCACAAACUUCCAGUAUACAUACUCCAAACAACAGCACAUUUCACAAUACUUACAGUAAAGAGUACAUACAACGCUUUAAUUCACACUCUCAAAUGAUAAAAGUGGCUCCAAGAACUAAUCACAAUGAGAUCUGUUACAAAGAUUCCUUCCAGGAGCAGCACUCCCAGACAACAUUUCAUCAAGUAUUACCAAACCAAGAGAAGUCUGUGGAGAAUGUCGUAAAUAACAGCAACAAAGAAUUGAGUUCCAGACCAAAUAUUCCCACUCAUUCUCACUCGUAUCCCCAGGCUCAAAUGCUGUCUCAUAGGUCACUGCAUGUGAAUGAAAAAUUAAGCCAUCACACGGCAUACAAUAACAGGAGUUUUUCUCAAAGACCAAUACCACAGAUCCCAUUAUCAAAAUGUCAAGAAUCUGCCCAAAGAAAUGCAUUCAGGAGAGAAACCAAUCCAAACUCUGUCAGCACAGGAUCAGGAAGUGGGGCCCAGAUUCCAAAUGGAAAGCCACUUCUGGCAAAUGAGACAUACAAAGGCAAUCGACCGCCCAGUACAGGGGGACACAUGCAACUUCAGAUAACUCCACAUAUUCCAACAAACAUAGUGAGGCCAUUCCAGGCCAAUGAGAAUGAUGCAAUCAGUUAUCCCUCCAGACCUGACAACGUUGCUAGCCCCGAGAAGCCACAGCAAGACACUGAUAAUUGCAGAUUAAACCAGUCACAGUGUGAGAACAUACCAAGUCCAAAUCUUAUAAACCUUAAUGAGAAACCAGCUUAUGAAAUGGUGACCAACAGUGACAAAGAGGGCUUCUCAAAAGAUAACCAUCAUUUGAACUUGGACGUGGAAGAUGCAGAUGAGAAACCAAAUUUCAGUGUGCCCUAUUAUAACAGAUGUCCUACACCACACUCCUGUAACUCGGACUCGCCAGAAUCCCCAGUAGACAACAAGCCAUUUCAGCUUAACGACAGCAGUGAUGACGAAUUGUCGUGCCAAAAAUCCGCACUGAGUGCCUCCACUACCAAACUGCAGUACUACCGAAAACCAAGAUCCUCACAAGGUCAGACCUUCCAGUGUAGCAUUUGCCUCAAGCAUUUUGCUCAGAGGUACUACCUCCAAAUUCACAACCGGACACAUACCGGAGAGAAACCAUUUCACUGCGAUUUGUGCCCAAAACGCUUUGUACGCCGAGAUACAUUACAGAUCCACCGGAGGUCACACACUGGUGAAAAACCAUACCAGUGUGGCAUCUGCCUCAAGCAGUUUGCUCAAAGACACUACCUGCAGAUUCAUGAGCGCACACAUACUAGGGAGAAGCCCUACCAGUGCGGCGUCUGUUUCAAGCAGUUCGCCCAGAGGAACUACUUGCAUGUGCACCAGAAGAUACACGCAGGCAGGAAACAGUACGAGUGCGAUGUGUGCCAUGAACAGUUCACCCAAAAGGAUUACCUGCAGGUGCACAAGCGCACUCACACCGGAGAAAAACCCUUCCAGUGUGAUAUGUGCAUUCAGAAAUUUGCUCGCCGUGACACACUGCAGGUCCAUCGGCGGAUACACACGGGUGAGCGGCCAUUUCAGUGCAACUUUUGCCAUAAGCAGUUUGCACAAAGUGGCAAGCUGCAGACGCAUGUGCGGACACAUAUGCGGUAUAAGCCACACCAGUGUGACAUCUGCCACAAGCAGUUUGCCCAGCGAUAUUACUUGCACAUCCACAAGCGAUCCCACUCAGGCGAAAAGCCAUUUGAGUGUGACCAAUGCCAUAAGCAGUUUGCCCAAAGGUAUUAUUUACAAAUUCAUCAGCGCACGCAUACUGGUGAAAGACCAUACCACUGUGACUUUUGCCCAAAACAAUUUGCAAGAAGGGACACAUUGCAAAUCCAUAUACGCACACAUACAGGGGAACGACCGUAUGAGUGUAAUGUCUGUGGCCAGAGAUUUGCUCAGAAGGACAAACUGCAAAUCCAUCAACGAAUCCACUCAGGGGAAAGACCCUUUGCUUGCGAAUUCUGUCCCAAACGGUUCUCACAGCAGAAUACGCUCCAACUCCACCGCAGGAUCCACACUGGUGAAAAGCCAUACAAGUGCGAGGUGUGUUCAAGACGUUUUGCCCAGCGCAACUACCUUGUCAUGCACGCACGGACUCAUAGCGGGGAGAAGCCGUUCUACUGCGAUCACUGCGGACAGAAGUUUGCACGGAGGGACACGUUGCAGAUCCACCGGCGGACGCAUGCUGAGCCGUCCCAGUUUCCUUGUGACCUGUGCGAUAAGAAAUUUAGUCAGUAUGAAAAAAUGCGUCAACACAAACAGGUAGAGCACAACACCCUCACUGCUAUUCAUAAUCAAACUGAUGGUGAAGUGACUGACACUUCCUCACCAGUUUCGCCAAAAGUUGAAGACAAUAAAGAAGACAUUUCUAGCAAGCCUAUCCAUGAGUUCCCGUCUGUCACAAGUUACCUGUGGCAGCUGUGA